GACUUGUCCUUUACUUCUCUGCGUGUGCGUGCUCAUAGUCAUGGUCCGAUCCCUUGCCCCGAUACUCCAUCAGGAGCAGUCCUCUCAUUAGCUUGUCGGGGCUUCUCUUGUAUUCUCGGAUUGUCGCUGAAGCAAGGAAGGAGGGAAAGCUAGCGCCAAGUGACUGACCCACAGCCCACAGCACCCUGUUUCUGUUUGUUCUCUAGCUUCUCCUCGCCGCUUUGCUCUCAUCUCAGCAUCCAUAUGGGACCAUGGAUAUUAUAUGGUAGGAGUAGAUCAUAUCCUUGCAGCCAGCCGCAGCCCGCAGGUAGGUAGCGUGCUUUCUUGGGGUCGGCGGCUAUCGUAUCGUCGUGCUGGAGGGGCGCGGCAGUAGCUAGUGUGUAUAUAUAUACUGCGCGUAUACCUUGUGUUGGCCUCCCUCAUGCUCAUCGGCUCGCCCGCCCGGCUGCCCUCCACAAGAAGCUAGCUUGGGCAGGCAGCAGAGUCUAGCUAAGGCGGCGGCGGAAGAGGAUCGGGUCGGAGGAGGAGAUCUCGAUCGAAGAAGCCGCGCCCAACCAACAUGAUGAUGGCACAGCAGCCACAGACGACGCAGCUGCUGCUGCACGGGGUGAUCGACGCCAGGAUCCUCGAGGCCGACCUGUCCGUCACCACGGACGGCAAGCUGCAGCCGACCAAGAAGACUUUGAUGAAGAAGAAGGUCUUCUCAUGGAUCAGGAAGCUGACCUUCUGCAAAGGCCAGCAACAGCUGGAGAAUGCCAUCGGCCUGGGCACGGACGGCAAGCUGUACGCGACGGUGGACAUCGACAAGGCGCGCGUGGGGCGGACGCGCAUGGUGCCCCCCGUGCACUCCCCCAAGUGGGACGAGUCCUUCCACAUCUACUGCGCGCACGACGCCAGCAACAUCAUCUUCACCGUCAAGGCCGACAACGCCAUCGGCGCCACGCUCAUCGGCCGCGCCUACCUUCCCACGGAGGGCGUCGUCGCCGGCCAGAAGGUGGACCUGUGGCUCCCCAUCCGCGACGAGAAGCGGCAGCCGCUGGAAGGCGGUGACCAGAUACGCGUCCAGCUCCAGUUCACCAACGUCGCCGCCGACCCGACCGCCGGGUGGGGCACCGGCGUCGGCAGCGGCGCGUACGGCGGCGUUCCCUACACCUUCUUCAAGCAGCGCCGCGGCUGCCGGGUUCGGCUGUACGAGGACGCCCACGUCGCCGGCGACUUCGCGCCGCGCGUCCGGCUCGCGGACGGCAGCUUCUACGAGCCGCGCCGGUGCUGGGUGGACGUGUUCGACGCCAUCAACAGGGCCCGGCGGAUGGUGUACGUCGCCGGGUGGUCCGUGAACACGGACGUCGUGCUGGUGCGCGACCCGCGGGAGCCGUCGUCGGCGUCGUCCGAGAACCUCGGCGAGCUGCUCAUCCGGAAGGCGAACGAGGGCGUCGCGGUGCUGAUGCUGGUGUGGGACGACCGCACCUCGGUGGGGCUCGGCCCCAUCAAGCGCGACGGGCUGAUGGCCACGCACGACCAGGACACGGAGAGCUUCUUCCGCGACACGCGCGUGCAGUGCGUGCUGUGCCCGCGGAACCCCGACAAGGACCGGAGCUACGUGCAGGACAUCGAGACGGCCACCAUGUUCACGCACCACCAGAAGACGGUGAUCGUCGACGGCGGCGGCGGCAGGACGGGGCCGGAGUCGCCGCCGGGGCUCGUGAGCUUCCUCGGCGGCAUCGACCUGUGCGACGGGAGGUACGACACGCAGGACCACCCGCUGUUCCGCACGCUGGGCACCACGCACAGCAGGGACUUCCACCAGCCAAACUUCCCCGGCGCGUCCAUCAGCAAGGGCGGGCCGAGGGAGCCGUGGCACGACAUCCACUGCCGCGUCGAGGGCCCCGCGGCGUGGGACGUGCUGGAGAACUUCGAGCAGAGGUGGAAGAAGCAGGGCAAGGGCGACAACAUGCUGGUGGCGCUCAACAAGGCGUGGGCGGAGCGCGAGGCGGCCGCCGGCGACGCAGAGUCGUGGAACGUGCAGGUGUUCCGGUCCAUCGACGGCGGCGCGGCGGCGGGGUUCCCGGAGGGCUCCGCCGACGCGCCCAGGGAGGCCGCGGCGCUGGGGCUGGUGAGCGGCAAGGACCACGUGAUCGAGCGCAGCAUCCAGGACGCGUACAUCCACGCCAUCCGCCGGGCGCGGGACUUCGUCUACAUCGAGAACCAGUACUUCCUGGGGAGCUCCUACGCGUGGCGGCGGCAGAACGACGGCGUGACGGUGGAGGACAUCAACGCGCUGCACCUCAUCCCCAAGGAGCUGUCGCUCAAGAUCGUCAGCAAGAUCGAGGCCGGCGAGCGGUUCGCCGUCUACGUGGUGGUGCCCCUCUGGCCGGAGGGCGUGCCGGAGAGCGGCUCCGUGCAGGCCAUCCUCGACUGGCAGCGCCGCACCAUGGAGAUGAUGUACAGGGACGUCACGCUGGCCAUUCGCGCCAAGGGGCUCCAGGACGACCCCAGGGACUACCUCACCUUCUUCUGCCUCGGCAACCGCGAGGCGCCGAGCCCCGGCGAGUACGUGCCGCCGGACCACCCGGACCCCAACACCGACUACGAGAGGGCGCAGCAGGCCAGGCGCUUCAUGAUCUACGUCCAUGCCAAGACAAUGAUAGUGGACGACGAGUACAUCAUCGUGGGAUCGGCCAACAUCAACCAGCGCUCCAUGGACGGCGGCCGCGACACGGAGAUCGCGAUGGGCGCGUACCAGCCGGGAUACCUGGCGACCAGGAACCGGCCGGCGAGGGGCCAGGUCCACGGCUUCCGAGUCUCCCUGUGGCAGGAGCACCUGGCCCAGGCGGCGGCGGCGGCGGCGGGCGGAGAUCUCCUCCGUCCGUCGAGCCUGGCCUGCGUGCGCCGGAUGAACCAGGUGGCGAAGCAGCACUGGGACAUGUUCGCGAGCGACGCGUUCCGGGGCGACCUCCCGGGCCACCUCAUGGCGUACCCGGUCAGCGUGCUCGACGACGGCAGCGUCGUGGCGACGACGGAAUCCUUCCCGGACACCAACAACGCCAAGGUGCUCGGCAACAAGUCCGACAUCCUCCCGCCCAUCCUCACCACAUGAUUUAAUCAUCGAUUAUAUUGACCACCCGCCGUGGAAUUGUUGUUUAAUUUAUUGUUAUGAAGCGCAAGUGAGAGAAGCAGCGUGUGUGUGACAAGUGUCAAGUGGUAAUGCAACUAUUGUAAAUACCAUCGACGUGUGUUGUGAUUCAUAUGUUAACAAAAGCAGAAUAAUUUAAAAGCUGAAACCUGAACCCUCUUGUUCC